AGUGAUGCGCUAAUCGGACGGGAAAUUAACGGCGAGCUGUCACUGCAGCACUAUCCAUGCAAGAGCGUAGAGCUAAGUAGUUGAUUAUGUAUUAAAAUAGCUCAGUGAUGUAUCUACUGUGCACGAUCGCAGCUUCCUUAAUUUGCUUUUUGUUGUUAAAAUGGUUGAAAGUCAGGAGGUUAUGCAUGGACUUGAGCAGACUGGACGGAAAGACUGUGCUCAUCACAGGAGGAAACUCGGGAAUCGGCAAGGAAACGGCCGUGGCUUUGGCCUUGCGAGGGGCGCGAGUGAUCAUAGCAUGCCGAGACCCUGAGAAGGCAGCGAAGGCCGUCAGGGAGAUCAAGAUGAGAAGCCAUAACAUGAACGUGCUCCACAUGCACCUGGAUCUGGCUAACCUGAGGGCCAUACGGGAGUUCUGCAAGGCUUUCUUACAGAAGGAGAAGAGGCUCGACAUCUUGAUCAACAAUGCAGGAAUGCCCAGCGUCCUUGACUGGACAGAUGACAAUUUCAGCAUGUGUUUUGGAGUGAAUCACCUCGGACACUUCCUGCUGACGAAUCUCCUGCUGGGCCGGUUGAAAGAGAGCUCCCCCAGCAGGGUCAUCACCCUAACCUGCUCCAACUACAAGUAUCAAAAGCUGGACUUCCAGGACCUCAACUACAACCUGCUGCCCUUCUUCACGUACUGCCGCAGCAAGUUGGCCAACAUCUACUUCACCCAGGAGCUAGCACGACUCAUGGAGGGCAAAGGAGUGACGGCCUAUUCCGUGCAUCCUGGGUACGUGUGCAGCGCUUGGACGUGCCACUAUUCCAUCCUCUUCCGGAUGUUGAUGCAAGUGGUUAUGUUCAUGUUCUUCGUGCCCUGUGAGCUGGGCGCUCAGACGGUGGUGCACUGCGCCGUGGCGGACAGCGUGAUGCAGCACAGCGGCUGCUACUUCAGCGACUGUCGGCCCGCGGCCCUGCGACCCUUCGCCAAGGACCCCGGCGUGGCCAAGAAGCUGUGGGAGGCCAGCGAGAGGCUGGUGGGGAUACCUUGACAACCCUAACGUUUCUCUCCUCAGUCUUAGCCAAUAUUUAUUUAUUGAACUUGAUCAUUUAAUGUUUGAUUUCCAAAGGCUUUACAGUUAAAGGACAUUCAGGUUUUAGUGCUGUGAAAGAAACUGAAAUGGUUGCCGAUUUAAAAAGAAAAUAUUUGUUGUGCUGUGCAUUAGACCCUGGUUUGGUUGGUGUCUGCAUAUUUUGUUCUUGAAUCUAUUACAACUGAUAAAACCUUUUCUAUGGUCAUUAAGGGAAGAAAGUUCAAAUUUUCAGUUGUCAAAACCUAUUUCUAAAUAAAUGUUCUUUAAGGAACUUCAUAAAAUUGUCAGUGGCAGGAGGCCAAUGGGGUGGGAUUGAGUGGGGUGUGGGGGACACUGUCCCAUGUCCAGGGGGGAGAGAGGCGCUGUUCCGUGCCCAGGGUGUCAGGGGGCUGUCUGCUGCAGAUGGUGAUAGUCACCACAGAGGUGCUUUAGUAAUGCAGGCGGUACCUCAUCUCAUGGAAUUCCAGUGAAACCCCAGGGAACGAAACUAAUUCACUAAUGUCCAAUUAAGCUAAUUCUUCUUGUGUCUGUUGUGAUGUAGCAUUUGUAAAACAUAUCCCGCAGCAGCCACCUGCAUUAUACUUUGUAUUUACAGAAGGGGUCCCACUAUUCUGACUGGCACCUGAAUGUUUUACUGAUAAUAUUUCCUAAGAAACCACUUUUCGUCAGAGUAACCAGGCCCAGCAGACAUUUAGCAUGUCUACUCUUUUGUAUAACUUCUUUCAUAGGCAUGAAAGAAGUCCACAUUAAAUGCAUGUCUGUAAUGGACAAUCUGUUUGGAUUCUUAAUCCACCUCAUUGGACUGAAUAGAAGCAGUGAGUGUUGCAUUUCCCAUUAUGUCCACUGGAUGGCAGGCAAGAUGCACACAAGCAGGCAGUCUGGGGUUUAUAAGGGCAAUUAAACCUGCAAGCACAUAUUCCAGCUUUACCAGACUUCUAUAAAACCUUCCAUGCUCUGUGAAAAUUCCUGGGUUUGAAAUGGCCAAAACUGCAUCAGCAAGGAGCUAUGCACGACUUAAAAGGGCAGGACGCACAGGAAAUUACUGUUUCACGUCUCAUUGCACAAAUAAUUAUAAUAAAUAGUUCUUGCGUGCUGCCCUUGUCAUCCUGCUGGUUGAAUGCCCUGUCUUCUCCCUGGAUUAACCCUCUCUAUGGGGUUUAUAUGUAAGUGCACCUGCGUGACCUGUGAUGACCUAAUGAAAGACAUUUCAAUUUUUCUUCCCACAUGAGUUAACAAGAAUUAAACAUAUAUUAUGUGA